GCCGUGGUGACGGUGACGCGGGAGGUUCAGUCCACUCUUGAGACGAAUGGAUCGUACUUUUAUCUGCCUCAUCGAUUUUUUUUACGCUAAUUGCACAGCUAUUCGACUGUUUCUCAAAUAGAUACGUUCGUUUGGUGGUGGUUUUUGCGACAUGCAAACCAUAGUGUGUCAGUGAUGCAUAAGAAAUAAUUAUUGUUUGCAUCCAUGUAAUAUACUAGUUCUACCUGUCGCACGCACCUGUCCUCGACGAGCCGAACUGUGUGGCUCAUUAGUGUCUGUCGGGAUACACCUGUCGCCGUGCUCUGCGACCAUCAUGUGACAGCUUUCAAGAAGCUUGGCUGCUAUGAAGCUUACAUGGUACUGUGAUGAGCCACCAGUGGUCCUCAGCACCUUAAUUAUGGAUGACCAUCAAGAUGAAUAGGCGAGGGGGCAACCGAGCAAAACGCAGCACAGAGUCCAAGGCUUCGGGCAGUAGUGGUCGUGGGGCCAGGACCGCUGCCCGGAAGGAGGGAGACCUUGCUACUCAGCAAUCUACUCAAGUUAAUGCUUCUUCAGGGAAUGGCCCUCCUCAUGGCAAAAAGGAGGGUGAGAGCCAGAGUCCAGGGAAGGUGCGCAAGGAUGCCGUAGUAGGAGGCAGAGGGGAUGACCAGAGUGGCCCUGGUGAGGGAGCACCCCAUGUAGUUAGUGGGGAGGAAUCUACUGUGGUGACCAGCCAGAGUCAUACUUCAAACUCAAAGAUGCCGGCUGCCACAGUGACUCGUGCCCCACGUGUUGCUACCGCCAAUUCCAGCAGGGUGUCUGGUCCUGUAGCGACUGGAGGAUCUGGAUCAUGCUCCACCUCAUCAAAAGAGGAGAAGCAGCCAGUUCAUGAUGUGUGCAAGUUACCCAAAAAGCGGAAAUUUGAUCCAGCUGAACUGGAGGACAUGAAUGGAGGGCCAAAACCAGUGAUUGGUCCAGGAAGUACAUCUGUAACACCAGCAACAACCACUGCCACUUCCAGUACUGGGCUGGUGGUUUUGCCAUCAACCCCGGUGCGAGGCCCGUCCAUCAGUACCUCUGUUACAAGUCCUAUAGUGAGUGCAGCAAGUAUCACUAGAAGUCCAUCAUUGUCUGCACCAGACACAGUAAACACCCAGAUGGCAUCCACCCCUGCUGAAACUACAAAUUCAUCAGAAAGUAAGCCACAAGACCUCAGGGUGAAUGCUGGAAGUGGAAGUCGAAGUAGUGGGGAUAAUGACAGUGAAGGAGGCAGAAAUGGAAUAAGUAAUAAAAAUGGUAUGGAAAAACAUAGACCGGCUGUUUCUCCUGUUCCCACCCAGCCCGUCAACAUGACAAGCACCAGCCUUACAGCAGUGUCACAUCCUCCAGUGGCCCAUAAUAAUGUGGCUUCUCAGCGCAGUUCCCAUCCCCUUACCUCAAAUCAACUAAAGCAUCAUUCAUCGAUAUCACAGACUCCUUCCAUCUCUCACACUGCCACAGUUGCAGCACACAUUGCUAUCUCUCAGCAGCAGGCCAUUGUUACUGUUCCACAUUAUCAGUUGCCCCUCACAUCACAGCAGCUGCAACUUCAACAUCAGCGGCAGAAAGUACAACAGCAAAGACAGCAGCAGCAACAACAACAACAACAACAACAACAACAACAACAACAACAACAGCAGCAGCAGCAGCAGCAACAGCAACAACAACAGCAGCAACAUCAACAACAGCAACAGCAGCAACAACAACAUCAGCAGCAACCCCAACUUGCCCAUCAGCAGCAGCAGCAGCAACAACAGCAUACACACCAGCAUCAAACUCAUCAACACCAACAGCAAGCAUCACAUCAGCAUCAACAGCAACAGGCACACCAGCAGCAGCAACAGUCACAUCAACAUCAGCAGCAAAAUCCACUCUCACAUCACCAGUCACAACAGCAGCUCCAACAGUCUCAUCUUCAGUCAACCCAUCACCAGGGUCAACAGUCCUUGCAUCAGCAACAUCAUUCACAGCAGAUACAAAUACAGCAGCAGCAUGUGCAGCAAUCGCAUCACCAGAACUUGCCUCAAUCAGUAUCACAAGGUCAGCAGCUGCAGCACCAGGUUGGCAGUGCAAGUCAACACACUCUAUCCCUGACUCAUUUGGUGCCUCCAGCAGCCCAUGCACAGCCUGGGGUGACACAGGGCUCCAGUGUUCAUCUGUCCCAAUCGUCAGGCUCAAAAUAUACAGGGUAUAAGAGUGUUGUGGAUGUUGCAGCUCAGGCAACUCUGCCAUCUCAUCACAUUUCUGGUGAGACUCGUGAGGGGGGGGAAGUGCCUCGGACCCCAGAGAUGUGGUCGUCACAGCAGGGUGUGGCUAGAGCACCUGUUGAUCUUAAUGAGUGGCGAGGACACCGGGUACUUGCCAAGAGGGGUCUGCACUAUUACCCAGCAGUGAUUGUCAGUGUUAAAAAUGCUUGUGAUCUUGUUGUGAGGAUUGAUGCAGAAUCAAUUGGUGAUCUCUUGUACAGUAGUGUUUUUACAACUGGAAAAUUUGAUGUAAUAAGUGACGCUGUUCCAUCUGCAAAGCAACUUGAGGGUGGUGCAAGAGUAGUUGUGCGCUUGGACAAAGAACAGCAAAUGUUUGCUGAGGGAGUAGUGUAUGAGAGGCAGGGCUCCCCAACCACCCAGUACCUGGUACGUAUUAGUGGAGAGACUAAUGGGCAAGGAUCUGGAGUCAGUAAUGACCAUUGGAUUCAGAGGCCCCACCUGCGGUUACUCCAGCCACCUUGGUGGGAAGAUUUGGAACCACAUGGACAGUCAUCACUUCUCUCUUCUACUUCCCAUCACUUCUCCCACAAGCCUGUUGGUUACAUAUCUCCUGGCUUCCAGGAGACCCCUGGCUCUCAUCUUGUUCCCAGUGCUCCUUCUUAUCCUAUGGGGUCGACUGCUUAUGGCACCAUUACUCCGCCAAACCAUGUAACAUCUCCAGGCAGUGUUGCCAUGACUCCCCUCAGUGGACAGUCCGGCUCUGCUGGCUUCAGCUCAGGGUCAGAAGAGCAACGAAGACGACCAAUAGAUGACUAUGACAGUGAUGAUGACCUGAGAAGAGAGGACAUCACUUUUCCUACUGAAGGUGGCCAUUAUAGUGGCAACCAUCGCUCCUUGUCACUGACUCCAGGUGCAUUAGGAAGCAAGUAUACGACUGAUCCUAAGCGUGCCUCAAUGCAUAGCAGAGGUUCCACGUCAAGCUUAAUAGAACAAGGAAGCAUUGGUACUACUACUCCUCGCUCAACACCUGUGACUCCAAGGUCAGGAACUGCCACUCCAUUGAAAUAUAAGAAAGGAGAGGUUGUGACAACACCAAAUGGUAUUAGGAAAAAAUUCAAUGGGAAGCAGUGGCGGCGGUUAUGUGGGAAAGACGGAUGCAGCAAGGAGAGUCAAAGGCAGGGCUACUGUUCACGGCACUUGUCCAUGUAUGGCAAGAGGCUACGCAGUUCCUCCAUCACCUUCACUCCAGGGAAAGACACUCCUAUCAUGGAGGGUGUAUGGGAAGAUAGGUCUUGUGACUCAGAUACCUCCCCCAACUUCCAACUCACAGCACCUCGCUCCCAGGAUGAGACAGAAGCUGCCAACAUGCUAAUGACUCUGAGCAAUUCCUCAAGAUCAACAACACCAGCUGGCUGCUUUUCCCCUACAAUUUCCCCACAAGCCAUCCAGAGCCCUGUGACAGUGGGUCCCAAAGCAAAUGUGUUCAUGCCAAUAUCACAGCCAGGUGCCCCUCUCACCUCUCCCACUGGGCGCCCCUGGACUACUCAUGAUAUCAGCAGGCAUCCAGCACCUCUCCUGCCACAGAGACACAUUAUUAGGCCUGAGCUGCUUCGUCCAGUGACCAAAAUGCCAUCCAUGGCACAUGUGGCAGGUGGCACGAGUGUGAUCCGUGCCUCUCCCGGCCAGGGUGUGCCCAUGGGCCAGCCUGUAGGCAUCACCAACCCACAAGAUAUAGCAACUCACCAAACCCCAGAGUCAGUCAUCCAGGACCGACGGUAUAUUCACAAUCUUUCCCGUGGGAUCAGUAUCAACAAUCAGGUAGUAGUCUCACAUCAUGGUCAUACCUCCAGGGUCUUGGCACCUGGUGUGACUGUCACCUCAGCUAAUAGUCAGUCUACUGUAGCCAUUUUGGAGAAGGUUCUUACUUCAUCUGUGCCCACCACUGCCAAAGCUAACACUGACUCCCAACCACAAGAUCUCUCCAAUAGGUUUCACCCAUUAGAUAAUUCGGGGUUUAGUGGUGAUCAGUCCAUUGUGGUGGAAGAAAAUAUGAAUUCAAGUGGUGAACAAAACACAGAGGAAAACAAUGGAGAACAAGAGGGAUUACUUUUACGUGCCAACAGUGCAGCAGUUAGGGAUGGAAUGAUAGCCAUCUCUGAGAAUGCUACUUUUACCAGUGGUGCAAUCAAACAAGAGGGUCAUGAUGACAAGAAUAAUGUCCUCAACCAGGUGAAGUCAGAACUUACUGCAUUAGCCUCACCCUUCACUACAAAUGGGGGUGCUGUCAUCAUAACCACCCAGCCUCGGGGACAUGGAGCAGCUGGUGCCUCUGAACAUGUGGUCAUUCACACACAGGGAUCCAAAGAAGAGAUCACUGUGGAAGCCAAGUGGGACAAUCAGCAACAGCAACAGGGCCAACAAACCUAUCACUGGAGUCAGCUUGUUCCAUUCAUAACAACCCCAAAUAAAACUGUAUCUGGACAGCAGCAAGUGAAAAGUCAAACUGAUGUGAAACCAACCGUUAAUGGGGAUAUAACUGUUAACGGGAAAGGUCCUACAAUGAGCACAAGUGAUGGCCGGGCAUGUGAAGGAGGACAGCCACGCCGAGAGUCAUGUGGUCAGGAUGUGGAGUUUGAUUUCUCUGCAGAUGAUGAUGAGGUGUUUGUCUCUGAACAGGAUGGCUCCACUGCUGCCACCACAGACAACAAAGGCAGGACACGUUCUCUGGGCUCCUUCUCUGGCAAGGAGGAACCCAAGAGUCCACGAAAGGCAAAAGGAGACAAGGAGCACAUAAGACGGCCAAUGAAUGCUUUUAUGAUCUUUAGUAAGCGGCAUCGCCCGCUGGUGCACCAGCGUUAUCCUAACCAAGACAACAGAACAGUGUCCAAGAUCUUGGGAGAGUGGUGGUAUGCUCUUGGCCCUGAGGAGAAACAGAAGUAUCACAGUUUAGCAUCAGAGAUCAAGGAGCAUCACUACCGAGCCCACCCAGACUGGAAGUGGUGCAGCAAAGACCGCCGAAAGUCUUCCACCAGCUCUAACAAAGGUGAUGGUCCUCCAGGGGCUCAGAGUGUGGAUAACAUGCCUCUGACUCCUGGAGGCCCCAACAGUGGACAAGUCCUCACCCCAGGAGGUCCAAACAAUAGUGGAACACCCCUUGCUCCAGGUGUAAACACGAAUGUAUCUGACGCCUCAGGAUUGCAGACUGGCAGCACCAGUAGGACUAUACAAGUGUCUGCUGCAGGAACCCAACUGACUAUAUCACAUCCUUCUGUUACUGCCAACAAUAUGGUUAACAAGCAAUUUCUUGUGCCUGGUAAUGGUGUUCAAGCUGGUUCAAGGAGAGACACAGUAGGUUCAGUGUCAGAUGAUGACAACAAAAUGGUAAUUUGUGAAGAUGGCACAACAGAAGGCAACAAUGAUGGUUCAACCAACAAGGCAGACUCAAGUCAUGAAAUAGAUUUAGCUUGCAAAGAACAUGUUGGAGAUUCUGAUUCAGAAAACCAAAGUGAUUCAGAAGCCAACGAACGAUUACGAAGACCUUAUUCUCCUUCAGGUGGGGGAGAUGUAAAGUACAAGCCCAAGGCCAUCAAGGGAAGACCACAAGUAUCAUCAGAAGAAGUAGUAACGUUGUAUGGGCCAACUGGAACAGCUCAGUUUGGUGCUGAUCAACUCCACACUGGAGGAAAACCAUCCCCACUUCAUCUACCCUCCACACCCACCCUUCAUAUACCCACCACUACCACUUUGCAGUCUACAGGCAGUGCCUUCAGGUCAAUGCCUCCAUCUCCCAAAGUACGGAAUGUGUCCGACAACAAUGUUAUUCAGCAAGAGAGUGAGAAGGCAGUGCCAGUGUCCAGUGCCAAUUAUGGGCCAAACAUAAAGAUAAUCAGCAAUUUGUCCUCUCCAGCUGGCCAGAGAACUGUCAUGAAAACUAAUCACAUAAAAUCAUUUCACAAUCUUACUGUAACAACACAAGAAAGGAAACCUGUCUUAGUAGACACUCCAGUUAGUUUACGCACAAAUAAAAAUGAGACAGUGAAAAACAGUGCUGGUGGUGGCACUGGUGUUACUCUGCCAGCAGGAACACAGGUCAUUCCUAGCAGUAAUCAUCAAGUUUAUUCCUCUGGGAUCAUUACCUCCAUGUGUGCCACUCCUACUACUUCGGUUGGAACCAUUCCAAAAGCUGCCAUUUUGAUGUCAAAUGGACAUUAUGCCUUAUUAAACACUGGGGUUAAGGGAGGUGCCCUUGUGGCUCCAGGGGGCAACUCCCCAAUGCAAGUUACCAAUGUAAUGGUUAAAACAACUCCAGCUGUACCAGUUGGUUCUCAGCCUGGCAUAACUAAAGGGGUGUCAGUUGGAUCAAGUCAGCCCACACAUGUCCAGUAUUUAGUGCCAUCACUUACUCCUGAUGGGAAGCUGAUACUGCCCAACAAUCUGCUGGUGCCAACAGACCCAGCUGCCAAGCAGCUAACUGUGACCCCUGUCUCCUCGGCUGGGAGUGUCAGGAUGGUUCCGUCCACAGGAGCAUCAGCAACAUCGGAUGCAGGUGGUGUUAUUAAGCCCCUUACUGUAACAGGGGUUGCCAAAACCUCUGUUGCCUCACAGGCGCAAGGUAUGGUGUUGAUCUCGGGCUCAAGAGCUGGCAUUGCUCCUGUUGGUCCUCAGCUGGGAGUGAGUCAACCUGUCUCCCUUGCACAUUCACCCUACCAGACCCAUCCUGCUGCAAGCCGAGGGAGUGGAGGAAGUGGAGCUGUGGUGACGAACUCCCUCUCAUCUGGGUCCAUCACUGCCAUAGCACUGCCUGUGCAGCAACAACAUCAACAGCAGCAGCAACAACAACAGCAGCAACAACAGCAGCAACAACAUCAACAUCAACAGCAGCAGCAACAACUGCAGCAUCAACAGCAACAUCAGCAACAUCAGCAGCAGCAACAACAACAACAACCACAGCAACAACACUCACCUUCUCUUAGUCUUCAACAACAACAACAACAGCAGCAGCAGCAGCAGCAGCAGCAUCAACAACAACAACAACAGCAGACACAUGUCCAGCAGCAGCAACAUAAGGUCAAAGCACAAUUAGCCAGUAUUCCACUGGGUGGGAGUGGUGGUGGUGGUGGUGCUGAGGAGGAGGAACUUGAGGAAGAGCCUAAAUUCAUUCUGGCACCCACGCCGGCACAGCUGGGCAAGGCACCGCGCCAGAAGAGGCUUAGUACUGGGCCAGUGUCUGCCAUAGCAGAUACCCCACCCCAGCUGUCUCCAGACACCAAAAUGGCUCCACCUCAACACCCCUGUGGAGAAACCAAAGUAUCUCCAGGGGCCAGCACCCCGUCAGAGGGGGAUGUGUCCAGCCAGCAGACUCCUGUGCCUCCUUCUCCCAGUGAAAAGAAGAGCUUUUUCAAGAAAAAUAUAGAGGAUGGCAUGGACAAGGUCUUGGAAGAGGUGAAUUUUGAGAAGAAGUUUGGGGCACUGCCAGAGUUCAAUCCUGACGAGGUGCAGUCUCCUGGCCUUAAUGCCUCAGUCCCAUCUUCUCCACGCACAUUUAUCAGCUCAUACAGGAAGAAAAGAAAGCAUUCCACUGGUGGUGAGGAAUCAGAGGCUGAGACUCCACUUAGUGUGACACCACACAUGACUCCUUCCCGCACUCCCUCCUCCACCUUGCAGGGCUCAAAGUUCUUCCCUCCAGACUUCAAUCCAGAAAGCUUUAAGGUUGGAGAUGUCAGAGCAGAGAAAGCAGAUGUGGAUUCCCCGGCUGGAGGACGAUCUCCAAGGACGCCGAAGACUCCCAGAGACUCAGACAAAAGCCAUUCCUCUCUCAGACACAUUCUGGAGCAGCGACGUACAUUGGUCAUGCAGCUUUUCACUGAAUAUGGCUGGUUUCCACCUGCUCCAGCAGUGGCAACCUUCCAAUCAAAAUAUUCAGAUAUUUUCCCCAACAAAAACUGCUUGAUCCUUAAGAUACGAGAAGUGCGUCAGAAAGUCCAUCAGAACACUCCUAACACCCCAGGCGGCAUCCCUAGCAGUCCCAAUCCUUCAGCAGCAGUAGCAGCGGCGGCAGUGGCGGCAGCCUCUCAUGGGUCAUCAGCUCCCCCCCCUCCUCAACUCACUCACAACAACCACCACAAUGCACGAUCCUCCCUUUCUGUCAGUGUGCCAACUUCCAGCCAAGCCUCCACUUCACUUCCUGUCACUACAUAAUGACAGACCAACCUAGAAAUAUAUUAUAUUUACAUGCCUUUUUAGGAUUGUCACCUGAAACAGAUUUUAUGUACACCAACAUUGCUCUGUAUGAUACAGGUACCAUAAUAAUGUUAGGAUGCAAAUGAAUUUUAAUGUGAUUUCAGUGCAGCUUUAUUUACUGGUUUCUUGGCAAGUCCUGAGUUGACAUUGCAAUGUCAACCAUACUGGAUGUCAGGACUGUUCCAUAAAUAUUCUGACACCUCAGGGGACCAGUGCAUUGUUUUUAAAUUAAAGGUGGAAUAUAAAGAAAUAAUAAAGCACUUGCCUGAGGACAAGUAACAAAAGAAAAUGUUUCUGAAAUUUUGUAUUGUGGUAUAAAUUGAAUUACAAUUUGAUUUUAUUGUCUCAUCAUUCUGAAAGAACUAUUCAGAGUUUUCAUGGAGGAGCUUUCCUAGUUGUACAUAUGAGCCUUAGUCAGAGUGUCCAGUGUUGUAGACCCAAGUGCUCACCAAUGCUGCUCGUGCACUUUUGCUCAAUUAUUUGCCUGUAGAAGAGUAGAGCAAAAAGCCUUGUUUGAAACCUGACUGAAGCUCCACAUCUUGUGUUUUGUACAAGAGAUGGCAAUCUAGAGACACUGUGUUGGUCUGCUCUGUAGCCUUAUUCAAGAAGUGCAUUCAAGACUAGGGUUUAUACUUGGUUGUAUGGCAAUCCUAAGUGUUUAAUAAUUAAUGUAUGACAUUUGAAAAAUCUUAAUGAAAGUGCUUUCUUGCAUAUACAUAUGUCAUUGAAACAAAAAUGUGCAAAAUGUUUUUAAUGCUUAUAACUGUGGAAAGGAGAUGUGCAAGAUGCUCGUGUAUUUUGUACUGUGUGGGUUACCAUGCAAUGUAACUGGAUUGCUAAAGCUGUAUCUACCUUGAAUUAAGAUGCUGCAAGCUGUUACUCUUCUGUUACAGCUGAUACAGACUUGUGAGAUUGUUCAUAUGGCAUAAUUACAUUGGCUUUAGGUGUACAUUCCUAAAUGAAACAUAGUUAACCAAAGCUCCCACCUCCUUUGACAAUGGGUCAGCAGAUCUUGUAUAAAAGUCCCAUUGUAAACACUUCUAUUCUGUUUGUAUAAUUUGUUUAUCAAAUUUUGUGGAAACAUUUUAUCUUAUUUAAAUUUUUAUUACUGUUGCCUGUGAGAUACUGAAGUGCAGCCAUUUCUAUCAACAAGGUUUUCAGAAUGGUUGUCAUGAAAUGUUUGAAAAUGUUAGAAGUCCCAUGCUGCUAAACCCAGUUUUGCAGUUCAAGAAAUUGUGUUUCUUAGUAUCAGUUUUGCAUUUUUUUUUUUUUUUUUUUUUUUUUUCCCAGAACUGAGACUUGCCUUGUUUUUCUAUACUGCUAUUUCGAAGUCUUAUACAGCCUGUUGUAUUUAUGUAUUAUUACUCAUCUGCCAACCACAGAAGAAAUGAAGUAAUGGUGCUUCUAUCAUACAGUUUCUGUUAAUCUUAAGAUAUUCUUUUUAUUUUUAUGAGAUAUAUCUUUGAUUUUCAAACUCAAAACUUAUGUACUAAGUUGUGGGCUCAAGCAUUAACAGGUUGUGGACUGAACAUAGAAUUGAAUAUUAUGAUAUAGUGACAGAAUAAGGAAUAAGCUGCAUUCAUAUAUUGGUUUAUCAGGUGAUAAAUAUGACAAAUGAACUGAAUGAACCUUUACACAUGGAAUUUUAUUAUAUUUACAGCUAAAAUUUUGCAUAUGUGUGAUGCAAGUGGAGUAUUACCUGUUGAGUAUUUUUCAAUUACUCUGAUCUCAAGUGCAUUACAUUACAGGUUUCACAGGAAAUGUUUUUCCCAAAGUAUGAAGGUUUCAAGAAAAGUGCAAUUUGGCACAAGAAAUCUUCAAUAUUUUCACAGGAUAGGGCAAGCUCAACAGAAGCAUUACCUGGUAUACACUUCAGAGUACAAUGGAAGCAGCAAUAUAUAUACAGGAAUUGUUGAGGCUUUGGGGUCUGAUAGCUUUACUCUUUAUGUAUUAUAAUUAUAAUUUGGCUGUAAAAAUAUGAUGGAAGAUUGUAGUAUAGUGCAAUAUUACAAACUUCUGUGAAACACAAACGUGAUGGGACCAGCUGUCAUGAGCUUCAGUGUGUGUGUUACUUGAGGUGUGUGGUGUUCAGACACUGCGGUCCUCGUUCAGUGUAUAGCUGAUGCUUCACCUUAGACGGUCAAGUCACGGAACAUGGAUGAACAAUGUGAAUAGUGUACAGUGAAUCUCAUUUAGUUAGUGAGUAAAAAUCUGUACAGUGGGGUGAUUCAUGUUAUUUUCCGGCAGUGGUUGUUUACAAGUCUUCAGAGAUGAAACUUCAAGGAUUGCUAUCCAAAUUCUUAUGAGGUCAGUUACUGAUGUGUUCACUGUUGUGCAUUUCACUUUUUGACAUGGACAACCAGCAUUAUUUUCUGUCAUAAUUAUUCAUUCCACAUUGUUAUUUAGUAUCUGAUGGCCUUUUUUUUUCCUUUUGGAAAAAGACAUGCAAGUGUAAGAAUUUGGAACAAGUACUGUUUGCAGAAGCUCUGAAGUAUCAACACGAAUUUCAAAUUAUGUAUUCAUGUAAGAAGCUUUUCUGUCUGAUUUCUUAGCUGUGAUAUUUUCCUAAUUUUUAUGCUGUAAGAGACCAUAGACUGAGUUAAGGAGAGAGGUCAGUAUUGGAAGAGGGCCCUUGAGGCUAGAAAAGUCAGCCAAGGUUAGUUUAUAAGUGGAGGUAGCAUGCCCAGUCCUUGCCAGCACUGGUCAGCUUAAAGAUUAAGGGCUCCAGGCAAUGUCUUUUUUUUCUCCAAUAAAAUAAUUUUCUACUCAA